CCAAAUUUUUACAACCCUUAGCUACAUCAAGUCUAUAUAUACUUCUAUAUAUCGCAAAUAUUUCUUUCUUAAUACAUACUUCCAUGACAUCCAAACUUCCUUAACUAUAACACUAAGCUAAUAUAGCCAAUUUUCCUUUCUCAUAAACCUAGCUAGUUACUUAUAAAAGAGCUUUUUUUAUGCUUACAUGUGGUAGUUAAGAUCUUAAGGAUUAGAAACAUGGGUGAUUUUGUGUUACAAGUGAUACAAGGUAGGUGGUUCAUGGUCUUCGCAUGUCUUCAAAUCAUGGGAAUGGCUGGAGUAAACUACCUAUUUAGCCUCUACUCUAAUGACAUAAAAUCGUCGAUGGGCUACGACCAAGCAACUCUCAAUCUGGUUAGUGUCUCUAAGGACUUGGGUUGCUAUGUAGGCAUAUUCACUAGCCUCAUUAGUGAGGUCACACCUCCUUGGGUGGUUCUCUCUAUCGGAGCUGCGAUGAACUUCUUCGGAUACUUUAUGAUUUGGCUAGCCGUCACUAGUCGUUUGAAGAGAGUUCCUUUGUGGCAAAUGUGCAUCUACAUUUGUAUAGCAUGUAACUCUCAAACUUUUAUCAACAUAAGCACAUUUGUUACUUGUGUAAAGAACUUCCCUAGAAGUAGGGGGGUUGUAAUGGGACUUCUAAUGGGUUAUGUGGGUUUAAGUGGUGCAAUACUUACACAACUCUACCAUGCCUUUUAUGGUAACAAGUCUACCAACCUUAUAUUGUUAUUCGCCUGGCUUCCUACCGCGAUUAUCAUUAUCUUCUUUCGAGCCAUUAGGAUUAUGAAACUAAAAGAUCAGCAACAAAAGGAUGAGGUUAAGGUCUUCUACAAUCUCCUCUACAUAUCACUCUUCUUAGCAGGAUUUCUCAUGGCCACCUCCUCAUCGCGUUCGCGGUCCCUAACUCAGUCUAUGCAACCUCAGUGAUCAUAGGAUUCUGCUUUGGUGCACAAGGUCCAUUGAUAAAUGCCACCAUAUCAGAAAUAUUUGGCCUCAAACAUUUUUCUAUGCUC